AAUUUCUAAAGAGGAAGAAGUGAGACCAGAUCAUGUGACAUUUUCCUUUAUGAAUACUAACCAGGAAAACGCAGUGAGUGUGUGUGUGAGUGUGUGAGUGAGUUCAACACAGAAGCAGCGAUGAGUCCGACAGACCAAAGCCUGAUGUUGGGGAGCCUGCUGCUCUUCUCACUGUGCGCCGGGGCGGCGGCGAUGUUUGACAGAAAGCUGGACGUUCACUGGCUAAUGUGGAAGAAGACGCACGGGAAGACGUACAAAAACGAUGUGGAGGAUGAGAGCCGCAGGGAGCUGUGGGAGAAAAACCUGGUGCUCAUUACCAUGCACAACCUGGAGGCUUCCAUGGGAUUUCACACCUACAAACUCAGCAUGAACCACAUGGGAGACCUGACACCAGAGGAGAUCAUGCAGUCUUUUGCCACCCUCACUCCUCCCGCUGACAUCCAGAGGGCACCAUCUCCCUUUGCUGGGGCGUCGGGCGCCGCUGCACCGGACACCAUGGACUGGAGAGAGAAGGGCUGUGUCACCAGCGUCAAGAUGCAGGGUGCUUGUGGCUCCUGCUGGGCCUUCAGUGCUGCAGGGGCCUUGGAGGGCCAGUUAGCCAAGACGACGGGGAAGCUGGUGGACCUCAGCCCCCAAAACCUGGUGGACUGUUCGACCAAAUACGGCAACCACGGCUGCAACGGCGGCUUCAUGCACAAAGCCUUCCAGUACGUCAUCGACAACCACGGCAUCGACUCCGAUGCUGCGUACCCCUACACGGGAAGGUCACAAGAGUGCCGCUACAGCCCCAGGUUCCGUGCCGCCAACUGCUCCCAGUACAGCUUCCUGCCCGAGGGGGACGAGGGAGCGCUGAAGGAGGCUCUCGCCACUAUUGGACCCAUCUCAGUGGCGAUUGAUGCCAGACGGCCCAGAUUUGCGUUCUACAGCAGCGGCGUGUACGAUGACCCAUCCUGCUCCCAGGAUGUGAACCACGGCGUGCUGGCCGUGGGCUACGGCACGCUCAACGGACAAGACUACUGGCUGGUAAAGAACAGCUGGGGAGUGAAAUUUGGAGAAAACGGCUACAUCCGGAUGGCACGCAACAAGAACGACCAGUGUGGCAUCGCUCUGUACGGCUGCUACCCCAUCAUGUAGCUGCAGAGGGAGCUGGAUUCAAUAUACUGUAAAAUUUAUAUUUCAUUCUUAUUUUUUUCUUAUGUGUACAAUCUUUUUACAGUUUUAACAAUGGUUUUAACAGCUGCACUUUUUAUUCUUUAAAUACUACACUUUAGCAUCAAUGAACUUCGCCUUGUAGGACGGUGCGCUUGUUUGUGUCUCGACUGCAUGUGAGUGUGUGUUUGAAUCUAUAAUGAGGAGACAGAUUUACUCUGUCACAGUGAGACAUGCCAGGUCUGGAUCGAUAAUCGAUCAGUCCGAUGUCGGCCUUUCAGUAAAUAUCAGAUGUGUUGUGAUGCAAUAAAGCUGAAGAUCUGAUUUUUACACCA